CGUGCGGGCUGCGCGGGCGCGGGGAGGCGCGGGCGGCAAACGGCGGGCACCCGGCACCCCGCAGCCGGCACCGGGCGGAGCCGUCGGAGCCGCGCGUCGCGGCCGAGCGGGAGCCCCGGCCGCGCGGGCCCAGGCAUCCAGCACCCUGCGGACUCUGACAUGCCCCCAGCCUCCCCCAGCUCUGCAGGAAGCCCUGGUGCCAGCGACCUUCUCCUGCUUCUGCCUAUGUGCGCCUGACCUGAAGGCAGAGCCGUCCGAGUGUGCAUAAGCACAGCAGGACACCAGGACCUGGCCUGAAGAUAUUUCCUCUCCUCCCCUCUGGACUUCUCAGAGACUGUUCUGCGAUGACCACAGCAAGGUACCGGCCCACCUGGGACCUGGCCCUCGACCCGCUGGUGUCUUGCAAGCUCUGUCUCGGGGAGUACCCAGUGGAGCAGAUGACAACCAUCGCCCAGUGCCAAUGCAUCUUCUGUACCCUGUGCCUGAAACAGUAUGUUGAGCUCUUGAUCAAAGAAGGAUUAGAAACCGCAAUUAGCUGUCCAGAUGCUGCCUGCCCCAAACAGGGCCACCUACAGGAGAACGAGAUUGAGUGCAUGGUUGCAGCUGAAAUUAUGCAAAGAUAUAAAAAGCUACAAUUUGAAAGAGAGGUGCUGUUUGAUCCCUGUCGGACGUGGUGCCCGGCGUCCACCUGCCAGGCUGUGUGUCAGCUCCAGGAUGUGGGGCUGCAGACCCCCCAGCCAGUGCAGUGCAAAGCCUGCCACAUGGAAUUCUGCUCCACCUGCAAAGCCAGCUGGCACCCUGGCCAGGGCUGCCCGGAGACCAUGCCGAUCACCUUCCUUCCCGGGGAGACCAGUGCGGCUUUCAAAAUGGAAGAGGAUGACGCGCCCAUCAAGCGGUGCCCCAAGUGCAAAGUCUACAUCGAGCGAGACGAAGGCUGUGCGCAGAUGAUGUGCAAGAACUGCAAGCAUGCCUUCUGCUGGUACUGCCUGGAGUCCCUGGACGAUGAUUUCCUCCUGAUACACUACGAUAAGGGACCUUGCCGGAACAAGCUGGGCCACUCCCGGGCGUCUGUGAUCUGGCAUCGGACACAGGUCGUGGGCAUUUUUGCUGGCUUUGGGCUCCUGCUCUUGGUGGCCUCACCUUUCCUACUCCUGGCCACUCCCUUUGUACUUUGCUGCAAGUGCAAGUGCAGUAAAGGUGACGAUGACCCGUUGCCCACCUAGAGGCAGCACGAUGCCGGAACAAAUCCCUGCCUCCGGGAAGUGCGGCUCUCCCCCACCCCUCCCCGCCAUCCCCCUCUCACUAAACAUCUUUCUUGCCUUAUGUGCCCCAUUGAGCUUCACAGUGUCAGGCUGGACGCCGUGAUUUCAGGGACCGAUGUCACAACGUUCGCUGAGGCCCCAGAUGUGGUCACCUAGGUGUGGGGAGGGCGAGGCAGGUGUGGGUAGGGCACAUCCCCACAGAUCAUCCUCUGCAGAUGACAGGGAGGUGCUGUGAGAAGCGCACCAGGCAGCCUUCUCUCUGUGGUAGACUAGGCAUGUCUGGGGGUGGCCUAAGAGACUUUCUCUUACAAAACAUUCUUCGUCUCCUCCUUGGCUUCAAGAUGGCACCAUGUUGUCGGAGAAGUCUUUUAAGGAUUGCGACUCUCUUCAGACAGAAUCUGAUUAUUCCAGCUUGAGAAAAGCACUCUGUUUAUGACAACUGUUUUUAUUACUAAUGGCGUUUAGUAAAAUCCUUUUUAGAAGGCAUUUUUUUUUUCCCAACUGAGUAGUGAAAAUCAACAAGGUGCGUAUAAACCAUCCUAUGCCUUUCUUGAAAUGUGCAUUUUGAGAAGUUAUAGUUAAACGACUUUUCAGGAGAUUUAGAAAGCCUUAUGCACUCUUUGUGUUUUUCUUGAAACUUGCUGUAAUAACUUUUUGGACGCUGUAAGCUAUGUACUGUUAUAAACGUGGUUCCUAUAUUGUUGCAUUUCCUUGAAAAUAUUGACAUGUUUAAAGGAACAUCUCAUCUCCAUUAGAUUUGCCUUUUGUUGUUUUCAGCUCUUGGGUCUCAUCCCUUCUCAGCGAGGUAGAAGCAAAUGUUUUUUAUUGUUUUCAAGCCAACUGCUUUGCUCAGAGACGGCUCUCCUCUGAAUUGCCACGGUCUGGCCUCUGGCCUCCGUCUUCAGGUAGACAGUGAGAACAACGCAGCGUCACUGAUACGGAGACGCAAGGCCUCCUGGCAGAGGCUGGAGGACUCUGGGCAUUAGGGAGGAGCCGACCAGAUUUCCACAUUUUUAAAAUGCUUUAGCCAUUGUAUGUCUUACACAGUUCCAAGUCCUGUUGCUAACCAUUUUGCUCCUGCUGGGGGAAAACCCUCCCAUUUCACUUAGUUUUAACGUGAGGAUUUUACCACUUGAUCUUUUCCAGGGCUGUGAGUGUCCAUUUCCACGGCAGCAGGGUGCAGGGAUGAGUAAGGAGACAUACACAUUACUCCACCAGUGGACUCUGAAAAGUGGAGAAAGUGUAUUCUUUAAAGAGAAUCUACUUCUAAAAGCCGCAGGUGCUUUUAAAAAGCAAACUGCAUUGAACUUAAAGCUUCUGAAAAGAACAGGCAACUAUUGUAGAUGUAUUACAGUGGGAUUUAAAAAAUCUUAUUAAACAUUCUGUAAAGAAGUAAAACAAAAACAAAAUCCUUUUUUCUCAGUUAUUUGCUCAUGACAAGCACAUUUUUAAAAUGUCGCUUUGUGUGUUUGACUUCUGCAUUUGAGUAUCAGUCUCAGGUCCUAGUUUACUUUCCCUGGUUAGAAAUUUAUUUCUUAUUUCCCAACAUUGAAUUCAUAGAGGAGACAGCAGCACCUCACUCUUCACCUCUAGUGUUGAUUUUCCUUAUGAAACUGAAGCCAUUUAGAAAAUUCCUCUGUGUCAAAAUUACAUUCAAAAAGCUCCCCUUGUAAUUGCACUGUAUGAAUUUAGUGACUAAGAACAUGCCUGUGACUCCCUUUCUGGAUGAAGCCUGGGCUGCGGCUGCCCAUGGUCUGUGGUGCCGUGAUGGUAUCUAGGGGUAGAAGAGCGUUUCUGGAGAUGGGUGGCAACUCCUUCAGGGGUUGUUGGCUGGGCUUGAACCCUCAGCCUGCGAUAUGUGGAUGCAGCUCUCCAGCUCUGCCCUUUAAAGUGCCCAGCACACAUGGCAGGCCUGCGGCCCUCUGUCUAGUGGUCCCCAGGACAGGCCUCCACCCUAUGCUCAUCCUUCCUGCCUGAAAUUCCUGCUGCCCAUCGCACGAGCCCGCACAGCAGCACCCCCGUCCUCAGGAUGAGAGUCAGAGCCUUUGGAAGGGUUGCAUCCUAAGGCUAGCGCUCACAUCACCUUAUUUCUAGAGGGACAAGCUGUUCACUGAGGAGUCUCGGGCCCAGUCAUGCACAUCUGUAGCCCCAGCCGUCCUUGUGCCUUCGCCUCUGAUGUGUUUCACAAGCACGUAGUUCAACCCAAAUAGGGACCACAGAGAUUCUGGGGCCAGCCAGGGGCAGUCAAAUUAGCACCUACUGGCUCUGACUUUUUGUAUGAUGCAUGCCUCCAUUUGCUCAUUUUGAUCUGGUUAUAAAAUCAAAAUUGUCCACUUCCUUUAUAAAUGCCAGCAAUGCUCUCUGAGGUAUAUAAACUCGCAUUUCCUUCUGUUUUAGUAAGGAAUGCCAUCCUCUUAUGGGAAUACACUAUCAACCCUGCUUGAUAUAAAAUGUAAAUAGCACACUGGAAGAUGGCUCUCAGCUUGGACUUUGGUCUUGCCGUUACUCCCCAGUAAAACUUGGGGAGUUCCACAUUCAGUGGAUGGAUCUAUUCCCAUUAAGUAGCAUAAUUUGUCUCAAUUGAAAAGUGACAUUCACUUUUACAGAUGGUGUUCAUUCCGAAGCCCCGGCAGCACAUGGCAUGUGUUCCUUAAGAGGUCUUUAAAUUGGGGAGUAAGGGGUGAGGGCCCUUAGACAGCCACGGCUGCUGUACUGCUGUCCAGGUGGGGUGGCCAGUGAGCACUGGCCAUAGCCCAGUGGACCUGUGGCUUAUCUGAGGGCUUCGGUAUACCUGACCACAUUUGGAGGAUUUGCUGGACAUGCCUGACCUCUUAGUCUGGCUCUGCUGUGUAGUCCAUAGCUCAGCCAGAUGAGCUGUGCACCCUCACAGGAAGCCAGUGCCUUGCAGAGAUGCAGUCACCACAGAUGUUCACGUAGUAAAGACUGACUUAGGAUCUGAGCAUAAAAAAAGCCUUGCAUUGCAUGAAUAACUGUCCAAAUUAGUUCUUCCUCCUCAACUCACACGAGUAGCUGUGGACAGAGGAAAGGAACCAGCAUCUGCCACCUCUGGCAUUUUCUUCCUUUUGAGGUGGAGUUUGGCUGUUGGCGCCAGGCUGGAGUACCAUGGCACCAUCUCGGCUCACUGCAACCUCUGCCUCCCAGGUUCAAGUGAUUUUUCUGCCUCAGCCUCCCAAGUAGCUGGGAUGACAGGUGGCAGCCACCAUGCCCAGCUAAUUUUUGUGUUUUCAGUAGAGAUGGGAUUUCACCAUGUUGACCAGGCUGGUCGCAAACUCCUGACCUCAGGUGACCCGCCCACUUCAUCAACCCAAAGUGCUGGAAUUACAGGCAUGAGCCACCACACCUGGCCUAUUUUCUUAAAGGGGAACAAAUGAUCUUGACAACAUAUUAUUCCAUAAAACCAGUUUAGGGCGCAGGCCAUUUCCUGAUUAGAACACAGGGCCCGUGGGAGGGACUAUCAGAGAUGCAAAAAUUACUUCAAGAUGAGCUUAUUGUUUUCAUUUCUAUUGCAAAAGUUAGAAGUCAUUUUACAAAUUUAGAAAACUUUUUCUUGGUAGUCUUUAAAAAUUAGGGGAUUGAAAGGAUCCAGGAGGGGCUUUGUGAGUGUGUCUCAGAUUCUCAUUUCUUAGUGAGCACACCUGUGUAUAUAUAUAAAUCACAAUGAGAUCAUCAAGGGAAAACAUUUUGCAUGUGUAAAGCUUCAUGAAGUUCUCUUUAAAAAAUACCAAAGCUUGUUUAUUUCUGAUAAUUAACCUAAGCCCGUAUGAAAAUAAACACAAUGAAGGGAUUAUGACUGGUCUUACCAAAAACACCAAAUGGAACAAAGGGGCCUGCAUUCAAAUCUAUUUGCUAAUGCUUCACAACUAGGAGAGCAUGCUGUCUUGACGUUGAAAAACCCAGGGUCUCCACCCUCCCUUUGAUCUGUGCAAUUCUGUCUUCCACAAUUCCAGGAGCCUUCAGUGAGGGGUGGCUAUGUGCCCCAUGCCUGCCCUUUCUUUCCUUCUUCGCUGACUUUACUAUGGGUGUAUUUUAAUCUUGUAUAAAAAUAUGCAUGAAUGAGUCAUGCACAUGUAUACGUUAUGUAUUUGACAAGUGGUGGUAAAACAAAAUCAAAACAGAUUUGAUUUGUGUUUUUGAAAUGUCAGUACAUUUUGUGCCACUAACACUGUGAUGUAUAAAAGAGCUGUUUGAAUGCCUUUUAAUGUUGUGUUUUGUACUCUGGAAUCAUAUGGAAAAAGUUUGAUUUGUAAUUUCAAUACAUAUUUUAAAUGUAUUGUGUCUUAUGUAGUUUGUCCCCCGCUUCAGCAGGGAUUCCUUUUUAAAGAUAUUUUGUCUGGAAUACAGGUGACUUUUGUAAA